GUGCUUCGGACUUGAAUGGUUUCUCAAAACAAGCUGGGGCGUAAACCCGGAAAUGACGUUCCAUGGACAGCACUGGUUGUCGCCAAUUCUCUGACCGUCCCUACGACACGGCAACUAGUAGGCGUAUGCUUAUAUGAACAGGAAGUGAAGACUGUCGAAGUGUGGUUCAUUAGAACGUGAGACUAGUAAAACUCUGCGAGGAACCAGGCCCAACGGUAGCACAUCGUAGACUCUACCGCUUGCAACGUUAGGCCUACCGCCUGGGUUGCGUCCUAGCGAGCAUGGCGGAAUAUCUCGCUUCGAUUUUCGGAACCGAGAAGGACAAAGUGAACUGUUCCUUCUACUUCAAAAUUGGGGCUUGCAGACAUGGCGAUCGUUGUUCAAGAAUCCACAAUAAGCCCAGCUUCAGUCAGACGGUUUUACUGCAGAAUUUGUAUGUGAACCCCCAGAACUCUGCAAAAUCUGCAGAUGGAUCUCACAUUACAAAUGUGUCUGAUGAGGAAAUGCAGGAGCAUUACGAUGGAUUUUUUGAGGAUGUUUUUGUUGAAUGUGAAGACAAGUAUGGAGAGAUUGAGGAGAUGAAUGUUUGUGACAACCUUGGUGACCACCUUGUGGGCAAUGUGUACAUAAAGUUUCGUCGAGAGGAAGAUGCAGAGAAAGCAGUCAAUGACCUGAACAAUCGUUGGUUUGGUGGCCGUGCAGUCUAUGCUGAACUCAGUCCUGUGACUGAUUUUCGUGAGGCUUGUUGUCGACAGUAUGAGAUGGGAGAGUGCACAAGGGGUGGCUUUUGUAAUUUCAUGCACCUGAAGCCGAUUUCUCGAGAGCUGCGUCGAGAGCUGUAUGGCCGCAAGAGACGUCGCAGUCGCAGUCGCAGUCGUUCUAGGGAUCGGAAGAAGCGGUCUCGUUCCCGGGACAAGCGACGCUCUCGGUCACGUUCCCGGUCUCGCAAGAAGUCCCGAUCCCGGGAGAGGUCAGGAAGGUAUUGAAAGAACCAACCGGAGGAGUCGUGGUUUUCUCUCUGCAUUACUGUAUAUCGCUCUUAUGAUUCCCCUCAUGAGAAAUCCAAAGUGUGUCCUCGCCUAUCUUCAGUCGGGAUGAUCUUUUCAAGGUAAAACGCUUCUCCGUUUCAUUUGAAGUUUCCUCUGCCUGGAUGUAAAGUCGUUUCUUUCACCUAUUCCAUUUUUUCUCUUGUGUACAAAUAAACGUGAUGAAAACAAUCAA